AUGAUUAAGCGUCCAUGCGUCAACAAAGUUCUCGAGUUCUUUGGUCCCAGGAUCGAAGAAGAAGUCAAGAAACCUGUUCUGGAGCAAUGUGAUUCGACUAAUCCCGACUUGUACAUCAAUCUAAAAAUGAAAGACGGUCAUGUGCUUAAACAACUGAAUUGUUGGAUGAUAUUUAAAAAGGAUUUUCACAAAAAAAUGACAGAAUCCGGCCUUUAUCGUGAUAUAUGUCUAGCCUUUAACAUCCCAGGCAAGGAACGUGUGCACAUGGUUGGAGAUCUAGUAAAAAAAUAUUGGAGGGAAAUGACUGAAAUUGACCGAACUCCAUUUAAAGAACUUGCCGAUAAUGUAAAAAAAGAAAUGAAUUCAAGAUUUCCAAAUCAUCGUCCCUAUAGAAAAAGAAGGAAGCCCAAAUCUAAUAAAAUUUUUAGGCCUUACUAUCUGAGAAGUGAUAAAAAAAAAAUUCUCGUUCAAAGAAGCAGCAAGCUCCAGUAG